AUGUGGUCAUUAGAAACGGGACAAUGCAUAUCUCGUAUGGGAGGUCUGAUGGCUCCCGUUAGUUGUAUCGCAAUCACUUCAAAUGAUGCCUUCGUCAUUGUCGCUUGUGAAGACGAGACGCUACGUGUUUUCUCCACAGUUGCCGCUCAGGAACUCCACGAACUGAUGGGACACGAAGGACGGGUGAACGCGUUGGCUUGUGCUCAGGAUGACUGCCAACUGUUUGCGGCCACGAAAUCCAUGGUCUACUGCUACGACAUCCACAAUGGCCAAAUCGUCGAUGUGCUCGAUUGUCAGCUUCCUUACGCCGUUUUCAACAUUAAGAUUUCCUCCGACAAUUUCUUCCUAUUCUCCGGUUGUGGUCCACGGGUGGACGUGUGGCAUAUUCAGAAGCGUGUUCACGAUGCCCCAGACGCUUCUGGACACAUGGGAUUUGUGACGGCGAUCGCAUUGAGUGGUGACGAUAAGAUCGCAGCUUGUGGUACUUACGAUGGCGUUGUGGCCGUAUGGGACCUCGACAUUUGCCAGUGCUUGUCGACGGUCCCACAGAGUAAAGGGAUCCCCGUGUCAUGUCUGGCGUUCUCCUUCAACCAGACCUUUCUGCUCAGUGGCAACGCAAUCGGCAGCAUCAGUGUGUUCGACUGUUCCACAGGCACUUUACAUCGCACUUUCAGUGUACGUCAGCUCUAG